AUGUUGGCUCUAAAGACCAUUACGGCCAUCUGUCUUUUGACAAUAUUCACCUCAAACGCCAAAGCUGAUCCAAUUGAAAAGACACCCUACUUAGUGCAAUUUUUGGAUAAGAAAAGCAAUGUUGUGUGUGUUGGAACCCUAAUUCGACCACAAUAUGUGGUUACAGCGGCGCAUUGUUUCCCCAACGAAGAUGGCCGCCAUAUAACGGUGGUUGGUGGCGCCUCGGAUAAAACUGGUAAAGGCAUCAAGCGAACCAUUUCGGGAAUAAAGAUUCACGAUCAAUAUGGUGCUCGUACCAUGCACUCAGAUGUGGCUGUUGUCAAGUUGGACAAACCCAUGGAGGGUGAGGGAGUUAGCACAAUUGAAAUGUGUUCGAGUGAUUUAAGGAGGGGAAUUUUCCUUCAAAUCACCGGAUGGAAUCAGGCGAAUAAACAAACACCGCUGAGUAAACAAUUGCGAACGAUUUCAGCUCGCUAUGCUCCCGAUGCAAUGUGUAAGCAAUAUUAUAAGCGUUAUGUCGAACACGACAGCAUGUUUUGUGUUUUCGGCAAAGAGGUCAAGGGUCAUUGUGUUGGAGAUUCCGGAAGUCCAGCGGUGUAUAGAGGAGAGUUUUGCGGCAUCAAUGCCUUUGGCCAUUGGUGUAAUCAUGGCGGCCAACCUAAUGCACUGACACACGUCUUCAGAGUUCGUGAUUUUAUUGAGAAAGCUAUCGAGGAGUUGGAUCAAGUUGAUGAAUAUGAUUAUGAUGAUUACGAUUAUGAUUAUUAA